AUGCCACCCGAAAUUCCGCAUUCGCAGCCGCAGUACACUCUACUCAACAAGGAUAAGCUUGUUGGGUCCACCAAACAAGCGUUGGGCACGAGUUCUGAAUCCAACAAGAUCCAAGGCUUCAUACCUUCAACCGAAGUCAAGCGAGAUGGUCCAGAUGCCGACGUUGAUGUUGUGGAGUCAGAUGAUGGGGGAGACUUAGCCCCCCUCGAAGAUGACAGCGAUGAAGAGCACCGUGUAGCAAUCCAUGCAGCGAACUCUCUUAUUCCAAGCCUAGAACGCAUCGUACUUGCACGGGAGAAAAACAACGGCUCUAUAAGACUACGCAGCAACCAGGCCGUUUUACAUCACUCUCUUACCAACAUGCGAAUUGAAGACCUGGAGAGAGAGUUGAAACAGUUGAAGACUGAUGUCUACAAACUUGACGAAGCCAUUGAAACGCCUGUAAAGGCUAGAUUUCCCGUUCAUCGGCAUCAGUUGCUACGGCUAAGCCCGCAUCAUUUCCGAGUCACCAGCCAGUCGGUCAGACUGCCUUGCUCGCAACAGCCGGCGUUAGAGGUCAAACUCCAAGAAAGAGUGGCAUCGAAAACGACAGACUUGGGCAUCAAUCAUGGCCAGCAAGGAAAGAUUCAGGAUAGAGAGCAGCUGGUAUCAAACAGGCUCCUGGGCAACGAACUGCAUACACCAGAGCGGCUACGCAUCCGAUCAUACUCAUUGUUGACGCAUCUGGAGGAUAUCACAGGAAGCGACGUCUACUCUCUAGCCCAGAGGUCUACAAUUGAUCAGGAAAAGGUGCAUGGUGGUGUCGUGUUUUUGCGGCCUUUCAAACUUUUCGUAAGGCACGAGUCACUCAUUAGGGAGAGCCUGAAGGAACUGGAAGUCAAAAUGCGUAAAGCAGCUACGGCUGAUGAAUCGACAGAGACGAUUGUUUCGAAGAACAGGAAGGCGCCUCGACGCGAGUACGAAGACAAAGACCUUCUUGAGGAUCUAAAACUUCUGGUGCAUCAGUUUUUUGAUGUUGACCUCCGGCCAACGUUUGAACUGCGUCGAAUGAUAGACGAGGGCAUAGCUCUCAAUAUUGAGUACGGCGAUCUUUGGCAUCUAUUCUCCAGAGGUGACAUUGUUGUCCUCCAAUCCGACCAAACCCAUGCUCAUCGGGUAGUCAACCUUGCCGGAGGGCGCGAGCGUCUAAGAUAUACUGCUCGAUUAGACGAACGCCAAAAGCCCGUUCACCUCGAUGGUUUCGUCGUUGACUGUUUGAGUCUUGGGGCCGACGGCUCUUCUUACGUCCCUAAACUCGAGAAGAUUACUAUCAAACAGUACAACGGAAAAAGAAGAAUCACGACCUUGCCGGUAUACCCUCUUCGAUUUGAUCCCAGAGAGGCCGAGUUGCGCACCAAGUUCUCUGCCGUUGGAAGACGCUUUUUAGACCUGACUCGUCAUCCAUUUUGCCACAAGACAGCCCGGGGGAGAACUUUGGACGAGCCAUCGCACGAACUCGAUGCACAAGUCAUUGUGGAUAUGACACUUGCGUCGACCGCAAAGUCCGAAUGGCGACUCGGCUCCAGCAUAUCGACUGACGACUUCACCCAGAGAGACGAAAGAGAAACAAAAGAGGAUUCCUGGUGUAGACACCGGGAUGAAGCAUGUUGUGGGGGCGACGCCAUCUUCAAAGACCUCAAAUAUGACGAAUUGGACGCGGCAAUGUUCGCUGGAAGAGUGAUGGGGAUGCUGGGCCCGCUCCAGGAAAAAGAUCUGACGGAAGAAGAUUUGAUGCUGAUGCAGCCCUAUGUCUAUGCGUUCGUUCUCCGUUCUAGACAAUGGGUGAAAGUAAGGACAUCAGAUCUACACGACGUCAUGUUCGAGAACAGUUUCCAGGACCUCGUGAUCCCGGACGAUCACAAGGAGACGGUGAGAGCGUUGGUAAAGACUCACGAGAACACACGGGCCUCCUACCUUUCUGAAGAUUUUAGACCAAGCAUUGGGUCUGCAUUGGACCUGGUUAAGGGAAAGGGUGCUGGGCUGAUCAUCCUCCUACACGGUCCGCCAGGCGUGGGCAAAACGUCGACGGCUGAGUGCGUUGCCGACGACACGAAACGACCGCUGUACCCGAUUACCUGCGGCGACAUUGGCGAAACAGCUGCCGAAGUCGAGUCAAAACUCCAAUACAACUUCAGGCUUGCGCACAAAUGGGGCUGCGUGCUGCUGCUCGACGAGGCCGACAUCUUCCUUGCGAAGCGGACAAAAACCGAUCUUCGGCAUAACGCGGUGACCAGCGUGUUUCUACGCAGCCUCGAGUACUACGCUGGUAUUCUGUUCUUGACCUCUAACAGGGUCGGCGCCAUUGAUCCGGCAUUCAAGUCGAGGAUCAAAAUGUCACUCUCGUACCCGAGGUUGGACUUGAGCGUGACGACUCAGCUUUACCAGAAGUUCAUCGACCGGACCAGAGCGGAGCAAGAGGCUACUCAGACCCAUCGUUUCAAGAUCAGAGACAAGGAGAUCCUAGCCUUUGCCAAGAAGCAUUUCAUCGGACUUGAGAGGGAAAAUCGAGAAACUUGGAAUGGAAGGCAAAUCCGUAAUGCUUUUCAAACAGCCAUAGCACUUGUCGAGUACCAGUAUAUGACAAAGGAUGCGGACGAACCCAAGCCUUCUCUCGGAAAGAAACAGUUCAAGUCUGUGGCCCAGGGAUCCAGGGAGUUUGAUAAUUACCUGUAUAGUGUCUUAGGGUUGACAGAGGCGGACGAAGCCAGGCGCGAUGGCUGGCGUGACGAUGGCUUCAUGGUUGCACCUGUACCCAUGGCUAUGAAUCCUCUGGGUGCGACUCAAAGAUCGCAGGCAGCCUGGCCGUCUCACAACCGACAGACGGGGAAAAAGGUGCAGCAGGUAUCCGACUCCGAUGAUCUGUCAGAUUCCGACACUGAUGAGGACAACGAGGACGAGAGUGAUAAGGAAAAGAAUCGGUAUUUUGCAGCAGGGGCGCCUGCUACCAAGGUUACCGUUGAGGCACAAUCUGCCAACAUUUCUGGGGGCUCCAUUGACAUGGAGCAGUUCCAAAAGUUCUUGAAGUUUCAAGACAUGAUGGCCAAACAGAGUACGUAG